UGCUCUUUCACUUUUAAAUUUCAAACGGACUAGGACUUCGGAUAUCUACAGUCACCAUUUCCAGCUUACUACUUCUUUCACCCUUUGAGCGCCGCAAGUCCCUCUCACGAAAUAAUGUAUUCUCAGUUGGAUCGUACCUUCCUACUAGUUGAGUUUCUCGUAGGAGUUGAAAUCUGUGUAUCAUAGGUUGUGCCUGAAAAUACCAUAGACCGCCGCAAAUAUGGACCGUUCGGGCUCUUUCGAUGCCUGUGUCUGUACUCUGGAUGGAUUCCCAGUGAUUCCCUCAACAAGAAUUCUCGUUAUGUCUUAAGUGAAUGGACUGUAUGCUGCCAGUGCUCUUGACGCUAAGGAGGAGACACUGAGGCGUGGAUUACUUCGGAGAAUCGGCUGCCUAUCCAACGCCGACGGUGAUGGAGCAUCGUUGGGGUCUAAAGCCGACCGAAACUUGAAGUGGGGAUAUGAGUUGCGUUUUCGGUCUUGUCGAUGCAGCCUUGUUAGGGCUAUCAUCGUUUUGUGUCUUUUCGUGAAGUCAACUUGGGGAUCGAAGUCAGAGGAGGGGGCUUGAGGAUUUGUUACAGCAGGCCGAGAGGGUAUAAAACUGUCUAUUGGGGUGUUUCGUAUGAUUGCGAUACUUCCAGGAUCGUUACUGUCAAUAGCCUCGCGAGCAGAUCGGGUUAGAGCGGGUUCGAUGACAGAAGCUAUCCUGUGGAUUUUGACGCCGUAGGGUGACGGUUCUCGUUCUUACUGCCUCCAGUACUCAUGGAAGGGGGUUUGUGUAUGGAUGGUUUAGCUGGUGAGGUGGGAGCAGCGAUAUUUGUAACCUUAGAUAGGGGUGGCCUUUGUGUUGCCAGGGAGGGUUUUUGUACCGACUUUUUCACCAGGCGAAGUGCUUGCGUUAGCCCCAAAACCCGUCGCCGAGGGGGGCUUGUAAGACUACGCCAGCAGAGGUCGAGAAACAGCGGAUUUUCGUGUGUCGGUUGGCGGAGAGUUACGAUUGAACAGAGUGGCUAA